AGUACACCAGAGAGCGCUCUGAUAAGAGCUAACGAGUUCCUUGAAGUUGGUAAAACACAGGCUGCUCUGGACGUCCUUUACAAUGUCAUCAAACACAGAAAUCAUCGAACAUGGCAAAAGAUUCACGAGCCCAUUAUGCUUAAGUUCCUGGAGCUCUGUGUGGACCUGCGCAAGAGCCAUCUGGCUAAGGAGGGCCUUUACCAGUACCAGAACAUCUGUCAGCAGGGGAAUAUUAAAUCUUUUGAGGAUGUGGUUCGUACCUACCUGAAACUCGCAGAGGAGAAGACCGAGACUGCCAAAGAGGAGUCUCAGAAAAUGGCAAAUAUUGAGGAUCUGGAUAACAUUCAGACCCCAGAGAGUGUGCUGUUGAGCGCUGUGAGUGGAGAAGACACUCAGGAUCGUACUGAUCGUUUGCUGCUCGCUCCUUGGAUCAAAUUCUUGUGGGAGUCCUAUUGGCAGUGUCUGGACCUGCUGAGGAACAACUCCAAAGUGGAGCGUCUUUACCAUGACAUUGCGCAGCAAGCUUUCAAGUUCUGCCUGCAGUACACUCGCAAGGCAGAGUUCCGUAAAUUGUGCGAUAACUUGCGCAUGCACCUUGGACAGAUCCAGAGGCACCAUAACCAGAGCACAGCCAUCAAUUUAAACAACCCCGAAAGCCAGUCGAUGCAUCUGGAGACUCGGUUGGUGCAGCUGGACAGUGCUAUCAGCAUGGAGCUCUGGCAGGAAGCUUUUAAGGCAGUGGAGGACAUCCACGGUCUGUUUGCCCUCUCCAAGAAACCCCCCAAACCUCGACUGUUGGCAAACUAUUAUACCAAGGUGUCCACUGUGUUCUGGAAGUCUGGUAAUGCGCUUUUCCAUGCCUGCACACUGCACCGCCUAUACCAUCUCUCCAGAGAAAUGAGGAAGAACCUCACCCAGGAGGAAAUGCAGAGGAUGUCGACUCGUGUGAUUUUGGCCACUCUGUCUAUCCCCAUAACCCCGGAGCGCACUGAUAUCGCACGUUUGUUGGACAUGGACGGGAUUAUUGGGGAGAAGCAAUGCAGACUGGCCACUUUGCUCGACCUGCAGUCGCCACCCACCCGCAAGAGCCUCAUCAACGAUAUGGUGAGGUUCAAUUUACUCCAGUACAUCAGCUCUGAUGUUAAAGAGCUGUACAGCUGGCUGGAGGUCGACUUCGACCCCCUCAAACUAUGUGCACGUGUCACCAAGGUUCUGGACUGGGUCAGGGAUCAGGCAGAGAAUGAGCCUGACCUGCAGCAGUACAUUCCUCACUUACAGAACAACACCAUCCUUAGACUUCUGCAGCAGGUGGCUCAGAUCUAUCAGAGUAUCGAGUUCAGCAGGCUGGCUUCUCUUGUGCCGUUUGUGGAUGAGUUCCAGCUGGAGCGAGCCAUCGUCGAUGCUGCACGUCACUGUGACCUGCAGGUUCGUUUUGACCAUAGGUCCCGAACCUUACGGUUCGACUCGGAUCUGAACUACUCUACUAAAGAGGACGCCCCAGUGGGACUGUUCCAGCAGAACAUGCCUUCUGAACCGAUCUGUAACCACCUCAAGACCAUUUCUUCUGCUCUGGAAAAUGCCAUUCAGAUGAUCAAACCGGCCUCCAUUCUACAAGAACGGGAGGAGCAGCGUCAGCAGGCCAUCACUGCCUACCUUAAAAAUUCCCGUGAGGAGUAUCAGCGCAUCCUGGCUCACCGUCAGACCAUUAAGGAGCGGAAGGAACGUCUGGAGAGCCUGAACAUCCAGCGUAAGAAAGAGCAGCGGGAGCAGUGGGAGCGGCGUGAGGCCGAGCUCCAGAAGGUGCGCAAGGCAGAGGAGGAGCGCCUGCGCCAAGAGGCCAAGGAGAGGGAGAAAGAGCGCAUCAUGCAGGAGCACGAGCAGAUCAAAAAGAAGACCAUACAUGAGCGCCUCGAGCAAAUCAAGAAGACCGAGCUGGGAGCCAAAGCAUUUAAAGACAUUGAUAUUGAGGACCUGGAGGAGUUGGACCCUGAUUUCAUCAUAGCCAAACAGGUGGAGCAGCUUAAAAAAGAGAAGAAAGAGCUGCAGGAGCGCUUAAAGAAUCAGGAGAAAAAGAUGGACUACUUUGAAAGGGCAAAGCAUUUUGAGGAAAUCCCCCUGAUUAAAAAAGCCUAUGAAGAGCAGCGCCUCAAAGACAUGGAGUUGUGGGAGCUCCAGGAGGACGAGAAGAUCAGCAACAUGAAAGUGGAGCAUGAGAAGGCUCUCGAGGACAAAAUGAGGAUGUCCAGGAUGAUAGAGGAUAAGGAGAACUUUCUGUCUAAUAUUACAGCUGCACGAAGCUUCAUCUACGAGGAAAAACUGAAGCAGUUCCAAGAGCGUUUGGUUGAGGAGAGGAAGAAGCGUCUCGAAGAGCGCAAGAAGCAGCGCAAGGAGGAGCGGCGAAAUACUUUUUAUCGCCAGAAGGAGGAGGAGGCUCAGAGGAUCGAGGAGGAACAGCUGAAAAAGGAGCGUGAGGAGCGUGAGCGUCAGGAACAGGAGCAGAGGGAGGAGGAGGAGCGCAAGUACCAGGAGCGCCUGCGCGAGCUGGAGGAGCAGGAGAAGAAGCAGCGAGCCAGGCAGCAGGAAAUUGAGGAGCGUGAACGCCGCAAGGAGGAGGAGACACGAAAACCCCAUGAGAAGUCUAGCAAACAGGACUGGGCUGAAAAGGAGAGUGAAAGUGGCUGGAGGAGGCGUACAGAGACCACAGAAUCAGAGUGGAGGCGCCCUGUUUCUGACGGAAGUGCGAAGGAAUGGUGUCAGGAAGGCCGUGACGAUAAUGAGCGUGAGGAGCGCGAGCCUCCCUUCAGAAGAAGUGGAGAGGGUCCCUGCAGAGGCCCUUCAGAUGCCCGGGGCCUUCGUAGGGGCAUUGAUAAUGACCGUGGACCCAGAAGAGGGUUUGAUGAGGGCCGUGGUCUCAGGAGACAUGAAGAGCGUGGGCCUCGCAGUAUGGAUGAAGAUCGUGGACCUAGAAAGGGAUAUGAUGAUGAUCGUGUGCUUCGGCGGGGCAUGGACGAGCCUAGAGGCUCCAGACGUGGUGCUGACGACAACUGGGGUCCUAGGAGAGGUGGUGGUGGUAAAGAUGAAAGAGGAGACACGAGAGGUGGCGACAACUCCGAUACUUGGAAACCUUUGGGCAGAUCAGGUGGAUGGAGAGAGAGAGAGAACUCCCAUAAGGAGAGCUGUGGUCCUUCACGUGACUCUGGUGCUUGUGAUGAUAAUCAUGAAGAAGAUAAGCAUCAUGAUGGAGAGCGUUUCGGAGAGCAUCAUCCCCCCAGGGAGGAAGGAGCCUUGAGAAGAGGCGGAUCUGAUGAACCCAGCAGAUGGCGUGAUAGUCGACGUGAUGACUUUGAUCGCGACAAUCGGUGUGAACGGCGUGACAUCAGAGAUCACCGAGACGAUCGUGAACUUGAACGCGAUCGUGAUCACAGGCCCCCAAGUCGAGAAAACGAUGGCGGCGGAUCCUGGCGUAGAAAGACUGCUGAUGACGGCUGGACCACAGAGCGACGCUAAACUCCUAACGUCGUCAGCCUUGAUUUUGAGAACAUAAAAACAUUCAAUAAAGGCAUUUGCUUAUGAAA